GCCCCGCGCGCAGGCAGCCUGUCCGCCAGGAUGGGACCAGCAGCCGCCUGAUAUCCAUGCAUGCAUUCAUGACCGCUAGGCCACUUCCUGGAUAGAAGAAUGGGACAAUUCCAGCAGCAGUUUUUCUUCGCAUUGCGUGUCGCUCGCAAUCACGGAUAAACGCCGAGUGAUCCGAUCGUUACUUCCAAUCGAUAUUAUCGGACCACUUUUCCUCCCACCCUUUCGUGUGUAGUUAAGGACAGCCAUUGAUCGCCGCCUGACCCCUUUCCACUCUCCGGGAAUGUGGCUCCGCGGAAGCCCGUCGUGGAGUCAUAAAAGCCCUGCUUGGAAGUGUUUUCACACAGCCGUGGCGUGUUAUUCCUCGAUGCCCAAGGAGCCCCAACUUGGAUCAACGCUGACUAUUUUGUAACGGGGGAAUACAAGACAUUUUCUUUUUUGAUGCGUGCGUGGCCGCGGCAUCAACUUCAUUUUUUGGUGGGGGGGAAAGGCUUCACUCGCACGCGUGGGAUUGUCACCCUCCCUCUUUUCCUAUAACAAGCUAAAAGACUGAAAAAAAACCACCCAGAAACUUUGUCACUCAUUGCCUCCUGGUUGCUCUCCAUGAGUAGUCUAACAUGCAGAGGAGACGGGAACCGAAUUGCUGGUGGAUUUUAUCCGUAAUGCUUCUUCUAACAUUGCCCGAACACGGCGACUGUCAUCCUGUCACAUCAGAUGGCCAGCCUCACCAUGCUGGAGCAAGGCAUCAUGGGAGCACGGGUCUAAUGAGGGAGAGGAGGGCGGCUGGGGACUCCUACUGGUCCUACUCAGGAAGCCACGGACCACGAGGCUGGUCGACACUAUACCCAGAAUGCGCUGCAAAGAACCAGUCGCCUGUGGACAUCGCGGAUGAACAGGCUGUGGUUUCGGACGAAUACCAGGAGCUGCAGCUUGACAAAUUCAAUACUGAGUCCUCCAACCAGACCACCAUGAAAAACACUGGGAAAACAGUUGCUGUUCUUCUGAAGGAUGACUACUUUGUGCGAGGUGCUGGGCUACCGGGCCGCUUUAAGGCCGAGAAGAUGGAGUUUCACUGGGGCCAGAGUAAUGCAUCAGCGGGUUCGGAGCAUAGCAUCAACGGCAGACGGUUUCCUGUUGAGAUGCAGAUCUAUCUUUACAAUUCCGAUGACUUUGACAGCCUCAGCGCCGCCAUCAAGGAGAGACGCAUCAUUGCCGCCAUGUCGGUCUUCUUCGAGCUCGGGCAAAAAGAUAACCCAGCUGUCGAGCCCAUCAUCCAGGGUUUGAAAGGAGUAGUACAUCAUGAAAAGGAGACCAACCUUAGGUCAUUCAUCCUGAGGGAUCUGCUGCCAUCAUCUGUGGAUAGCUAUUACCGAUAUACUGGCUCUCUGACCAUGCCUCCCUGCAGCAAGGUGGUGGAGUGGAUCAUCUUCUCUAGGCCCGUGUAUUUGUCCCACUCGCAGCUCGAGGCCUUCUACUCCAUAUUUACGACAGAGCAACAGGACCACGUGAAGUCUGUAGAGUAUCUGAGGAACAACUUCCGUCCCCUGCAGGACCUUGAUAACAGGAAAGUGUUCAAGUCUGCAAUGACGGAUGCCUGGCAGAAAGACUUGACUGACAUUCACGGGAGCAAUCAUGGCACUGAGGCGUCAAGAGUGUGCAGUAGUGCCCCAGUGAGCAUGACGAUCCAACCGUUGAACCAGACGGCCCUGAUGGUGAGCUGGGAACGGCCCCUGACCGUGUACCACCCGCCCAUCACUAGCUACAUGGUAUCCUACAGCUGGGUGAAACGCGAUGUCGCUGAUGAAGAGACCUUCACCAAGACGGGGGAUCAAAGCAUGAAAGCAGUGAUUACAAAUGUGUCUCCAGAUGUCCUGUACCUGUUCAGAGUGCAGGCUGUAUGUCAGCAUGACCUGCGCAGCGACUUCAGCCAAACGCUACUCUUCAGAGCGAAUACCACAAGAAUAUUUGAAGGUUCUCGUAUCGUGAAGACUGGAAUGCCGACAGUAUCUCCAGUGUCAUCAGCUGACAUGGCUCCCAUAAGCUCUGGUUCCUCUACGUGGACAUCCUCUGGCAUCCACUUCUCCAUUGUUUCCAUGGCAACAGGCCUGGGCCCCUCCUCUAGCGGCAGCCAAGCCACGGUGGCAUCGGUGGUUACGAGCACCUUCCUGGCAGGCUUGGGUGUCAGUGGGGGGGUCAUCUCUUCUUUGCCCAGUUCUGUUUGGCCAACGCAGGUACCUCAAGUCACUCAGAGCCCCCCUCACUUGUCCACCCCAUCCGCAAAGCCCAGCACGGAGCAGGUGGUGCCACAAACCGCGGAGACCGACUCUGCCGCUGAGGAGAACCAGGCUGCGCCCAAGGGUGAGGAGGAGGAGGAGGACGAGGGCGAUGGAGAGGGAGAGCAGGAGGACAGGGGUGCGGAAAAGAAGAAAAAGAACAAGACGACACCCACCUAUGAGGAAACACAAGACAGCAGCACUGCGGCCAAAGAGUCCGUCCUCCCCACCCCUGCCUCCACAGCCAAAGAAAAGGCCACGGUCCAAGGCAGCACAGUGUCUGCGAGCAUGGUCGACGGCCAUCUGACACCCCCACAGGAAAAUCUCACAGACGUCAAUGCAGUCACCACUCAGGAGCCGCGAAACGACAGCGCGGAGAUGCAGAUUCCACAGAGCUCCACACUCUCACCAAAGAUCAGCAGUGAUGGGAAGAGUCUUUGGCCAUUCUCGAUCCACACUGAAAGGACCACCUUGUCCAACGUGACUCGAACGCCUCACCCCGGCAUGGGCAGAAUGGUGUGGAUUGUCCCAUUGGUGGUCGUGUCCGCUCUGACCCUGCUCUGCUUCAUCAUGCUGCUCAUCGUGAUGGUCUACUGGAGGAGGUUUUUCCAGACAGCUCACUUCUAUGUUGAGGAGAGCAGCUCUCCUCGGGUGGUGGCCAAUGAGAGCAUCCCCUUCAUCCCAAUACCAGAUGACAUGGAGGCCAUUCCUGUCAAGCAGUUUGUCAAACACAUCAUGGAGCUCUACAAGAACAAUCUACAAGGCUUUUCAGAAGAGUUUGAGGAGGUCCAACGCUCCACAGCCGACCUGAAAAUCACUGCGGAACACUCCAAUCAUCCUGACAACAAGCACAAAAACAGAUACAUCAACAUUGUGGCUUAUGACCACAGUCGGGUGAAAUUACGAGCGCUGGCUGGGAAAGACGCCAAACAUUCCGAUUACAUCAAUGCCAACUAUGUCGACGGUUAUAACCGGCCCAGAGCAUAUAUAGCUGCCCAGGGUCCACUGAAGUCCACCUUUGAAGACUUCUGGAGGAUGGUGUGGGAGCAGAACACUGGAAUCAUUGUCAUGAUUACAAACCUCGUGGAGAAAGGACGGAGGAAAUGUGACCAGUACUGGCCGACAGAGAACAGCGAGCAGUACGGAAACAUCGUGGUGAUGCUGAAAAGCACCAAAGUGCACGCCUGCUACACACUGCGCCGUUUUCUCAUACGGAACACCAAAGUCAAAAAGGGUCAGAAGGGGAAUCCAAAGGGGAAGCUAAAUGAGCGUAUCGUAAUCCAGUACCACUACACUCAGUGGCCUGACAUGGGCGUGCCCGAGUACACCCUCCCUGUCCUCACCUUCAUCAACCGCUCAUCAGCGGCCCGCACUGCAGACAUGGGCCCGGUCCUGGUGCACUGCAGUGCAGGGGUUGGACGCACAGGAACGUACAUUGUCAUUGACAGCAUGCUGCAACAAAUCAAGGACAAAAGCACAGUCAGCAUCCUGGACUUUCUUAAACAUAUCCGUACACAGCGCAACUACCUGGUCCAGACCGAGGAGCAGUACGUGUUCAUUCACGAUGCUCUGAUGGAGGCCAUUUUCAGCCGAGAGACAGAGGUGCCCGCCUGGCAGCUGCACAGCUACGUCAACAGCAUCCUCACGCCCAACUCGGCGGGCCGCACCCGUCUGGAGAAGCAAUUCAGGCUGCUGACUCAAUGCAACACUCGCUUUGCCGAGUGUUUCAGUGCUCACAAAGACUGCAACAAGGAGAAGAACCGCAACUCCUCGGUGGUUCCAUCCGAGCGAGCGAGGGUGGGUCUCACCACUCUGCCCGGCAUGAAAGGAACUGAUUACAUUAAUGCGUCCUACAUAAUGGGUUAUUACCGGAGUAAUGAGUUCAUCAUUACCCAGCAUCCUUUGCCCCACACCACCACUGACUUUUGGCGGAUGAUCUGGGACCAUAAUGCACAAAUUAUUGUCAUGUUGCCUGACAACCAGGGCCUGGCUGAGGAUGAGUUUGUUUACUGGCCGAGUCGCGAAGAGGCCAUGAACUGCAUUGCCUUCACCGUCACGCUCAUAAGUAAGGACAGACUGUGCCUCUCCAAUGAGGAGCAGAUCAUCAUCCACGACUUCAUCCUGGAGGCCACGCAGGACGACUACGUUCUGGAGGUGAGACACUUCCAGUGCCCCAAGUGGCCCAACCCGGACGCUCCUCUCAGCAGCGCCUUCGAGCUCAUCAGGGUCAUUAAGGAGGAGGCCAUGACGCGAGACGGCCCCACAAUCGUGCACGAUGAGUACGGCGCGGUGUCAGCGGGGAUGCUGUGCGCUCUCACCACGCUGUCGCAGCAGCUGGAAAACGAAGGUGUCGUCGACAUCUAUCAGGUGGCCAAGAUGAUCAACCUCAUGAGGCCGGGAGUCUUCACCGAUAUUGAUCAGUACCAGUACCUUUACAAAGCCAUGCUGAGCCUGGCGGCUAGCGGAGAGUGCGGCCCCAUGCACACGGACAUUAACGGGGUGGCGGUGAUGGCCGACCAGUGUGACCCUGCCGAGAGCAUGGAGUCGCUCGUUUGAAGAGCGGCGGCGCCCAGGCACUUCAUUUCUACAAGAAGCACUUCUUCGCCCCCCCCCGAGAGGCCUUUUUUUUGCCAGACUAUUGAUUAAAUAGUUAAAAAAAAAAACGUAGUCUUACUUUUUUUAUACUGACAAACAUUUUGGGAUAUUUAUGUUUUUGCCCCCUCUUAUUGUUUUGUUUUGUUUUUGUUUUCAAAUCCUGCUGAGCGUUUGCGUCCUGUUAACGUGAGGAAGGAAGGAAGGAAGGAAGGAAAGAAGGGGAAAAAAAAGCAGCCCUUAUCCACUUUGCACUCAACUAUCAGUGUUACUGCCUAACUCCGCCCAAGGACGUUGUGCGUUCAACUUGGACCUGAGCGCGCCGCAUGAAGACGGGGGGAUGUGGGCCGAGGCGACCAGUUUCCAUUCGACAUCCCAACGUCCUGUUUGUCAGCAAACUCUGAGGCCGCUGGUCACAUGACCCCUCGUGUGACAACACUUCCCCAUCCACGUCAAUAGCUCAUCUAAACAAAACAAUAUGGCUUCUUUUGCUCGUCACGGCAUUCCAUGUGAACUUUUUUUUUUGUUUGUUUUUGCUUUUUACAGGGAUUUAUAUUGUUAUACUGUUUUGUAAUAUAUAUAUAUCUAUAUAUUAUAUCCUUAAUAGCCAAUCACUCUUUGCCUAUUUGUGGACUGGCUGUUUUAGUGCUGUGGGUUUGGAUCAUGUUCGCACAGCUUUGCCAAAUGUUAUUAUUGUGAAACAUUUCAACAAAGGGACGCUGAUCAGCCAAAAAAAAUGAACUAAAACAAACAAAAAAAAGUUAAAAAAAAUAUUUCAAUUGUCAAAGUGCUGAUACAUUUCCUCAACUAUAUGCGGAUGAAUAUACAAAAUAAAAGGUUGUUAAGAAAUGCAUGAGGAUCGUGAAGCUGUUGUACUUUUUACUGGUUUGAGGUCAGCGCUCAAAUUGGCUGUAAAAGAGAAUUUUUUUUGUUUUGUUUUUUUAAAUACUUCCCUGUGAAUUGUGUUUUGUCUCCAGUGGUAACAAAAACUUUUUUUUGUUUUUUUUUGCCACUUCGGUCAACAGGUAACCUCAACAGUGGCUAUAUUAUUCUUUCUUAAAGGACCUCUGUCAUGUUUAACCAUUUUAGACUGAUGAAGACAUUCAGCACUGUCUUUAUCCAUCACCUCUCUCAGCUUCUUUUUUUUUCUACAUCGAUUGAAUGGUUUGUUUCUUCUUAAUUUGUUUUGAUGAAUAAUGACUUUGGCACUUUUUUGUUCUGUUGAUCACGAUUGUUGCUCCACCGUCGACUGUGACUCGGCCUUCUUAAAUAUAUGAAACAUUAAAUGGUCCACGCUUUAGCUGCUUUCUGGCUUUUUAUUCACCAAAAGAGCACUUUGAAAAAAUGUUUUUUACCAGGGAUGGGCAAGUACUGAUACCAGUUAUCGGUAUCAGGCCGAUACCGGCCUUGUUUCAAGUUAUCCAGUACUCACCAAGGAUGCCAGUACCAGCCACCGAUACUCAAAAAAACGAGUAAACCCUCCUUGCCAGUAACUGGUGCUACACUGUGGCUGUAGGACACAUUAGUGAAUCAUGUCCGUCACCAAAAAAAAAAAAGGUAUUUGAACACACCUGUCAUAGUGUUAAUUGAAAUUUUAGUAUCAGUAUCAUUGAGUACACGUACUAGUUAUGAUCUGAAAAAAACUGGAAUCAAACGACCAGUUUUACCAUUUUUUUUUGUCUCCAGAGAUGUGCUCUUAGUUCAUCAAUGUUCAUUCUACGGAUGUUUCUCUAACAAAUUUUGGGGAAUAGAAUCAUCAGGUAUAAACGUCGAUCAAACUUACCUGUUUACCGAAGUAGAUGGUAUUUUGAAGAUUGUUGUAACUUCUGUCAACUUAAUA